AUUAUUUACCGCAUCUCUGGCAUUUCAAACAAUCUUUUAUCUUUUCUCAGCUUCUUUUAAGCUUAUCACUCACUCGCUCACUUCGUUCAAAGCCAAAAACGUCACAUGUUUAUGAACCUCCUAGGACUGUACGGACUAGACGGUGAUCCGGCCAAUACUCGACCCUUCCGGUGACCCAACUACACCGGAAAAGACGCCAGCUUUUUUGGCCCCAAAACACGAAAUGGGAAGGGCACCCUGCUGCAACGUCGAAGGUCUGAAGAAAGGCGCCUGGACCACCGAAGAGGACCAGAAGCUCUCUGCUUACAUUACCCAACACGGCGAGGGAGGCUGGCGAACUUUGCCUCAGAAAGCUGGUCUUUCGAGGUGUGGAAAGAGCUGCAGAUUGAGAUGGACUAAUUAUCUGCGGCCUGGUAUUAAGAGGGGAGAAUUCUCUAAUGAGGAAGAAGAGACAAUUAUGAGACUUCAUGCUGUUUUAGGCAACAAAUGGUCGACCAUAGCCAAACAAUUACCAAUGCGAACAGACAACGAAAUCAAGAACCAUUGGAACACGAGACUGAAGAGAAUCGUAGCUGAAAUGGGCAAGGAUAAUUUUCUCACAAGAGCCGAUAUUGAAAAUUCUGUAGCUGAGCAUGGUAUUGGUAACAAUUCUGAAAUAGAGAAAAGUCCUACGAAGAAACUCGGUGUCGUUGAUUCUAAAGGGUCAGUUUCUACAUCAUUUAAGCUACUUAAUGAUGUUGCUUCUAAGCUCAAAGCAUCUAAUUUCCUUGCCUCACUGAUAAACCAAGAAGUUGGGAAGUCUAACUCAACAGAAGCCAACUCUGUGUCGAGUCCUACUACUACGACGACCACCACCAUUACUACGCCAGCUAAUUUACUCAACAGGGUCGCCACAACUCUUAACUCACCAAAAUCAUGUUCUCUUGGUGCCAUUAAAGCAAUAUUUUCCAAAACAUUAGAAGGUAGUACAACUAGUGGUAGUAGUGAUAACAGUUUUUCUGAGGUCGGUAUUGGGAUUGAAAACACUAGUGAUGUGAGAAGUCCUGAAUCUGAAAAUGCAGUUCAAGUUUCGAUACCGUUUUCCUCCUCAGCCAGGUUACUCAACAAAAUGGCUGCUAAAUUUGCUCUAAUGAAUCGUAUUCAGGCAGUGGUUGGUGAUAAAAUUCAGCAUUAUGUUUCUGGUAAUGCCACUGAUGGAAGUACUAGAAGUGGCAGCGAUGGCGGUAGCAGCCAUGUAUCUGAGCCUCAAGUUUUGGAACAAAAUCUUUUGGAUGAUUGGGGCCCGAAAAUCUCCCAUUUCGAUGGAGUUUCAGAUACUUGUAGAGGUGAAACUUGUAACCAAUUGGACAUGGUCUUUGAACCUGAUCAUCAAGAUCAGGUUUUUUUGUUGGAAGUAGCUGGUGAGGAUCAGAAAGAGAAAGGAAAAGUUCGUAGUAAUGAGGAUAAUGAGUUGAUUAGGAGUAUGUCAAACUUGAGUGAUUCUAAUGAACAAGUUUUGGUAUUCACUAGUAAUAGUAGCACUUCAUAUGAUGGUUCUGGUCAAAUGGAAGUGAUAUUGAGUGACUUGGAGGCUGCAAAUAAUUGGGAUGACUGUAUAAACUUUGAUGAAUUCUUGGAUGCAGCAAUUCUUGAGUAAUUCCUAAAAUUUCCAGUUUCCAAAGAACUCUUCUUCUUUUGUUUUUCUUGUUUUCUUUCUUUCUUUCUUUUUCUAACAUUACCUCUAUGUAUUAUAUCAUGCUUCUUUGGUACUUGUGGAAGAACUUAGUUUUUAUUCAGCAUGUCACCUAAUUUAAUUUAGUAAAUAUACUAUUUCGAUACUUUAUAGUUUAAACUUAAUGCUAGUUUCAA